GUUCGAAACAAGGAGGCGCUCAAAGUAGCGACUCCAUCGUAGAGCCAUGGGGAACUCUUUGUGCCGAGAUGCUUCGACCUGCCCUUCUGAGGAGGUUGUGGUGCAGCGAGACAACCCGCUGCAUCUCAAAGUCAUUGCGCCCCGACACAUCCUGGCUCCUUUGCCGGAGCUCCGCGACCUGGCGCCUGGCCUCGACCUGCGGGAGCUGAACACCGAGCGCCCGCUCUUCGAGGACCCAGACUUCCCGGCCGGCGACGCCAGCAUCGGGGGCCUGCUCGGGGACAAGGCCAACCCCAACGUCGCGCAAUACCUCGAGGACAUGAUGAAGAUGGUGGUGCCUGGUUGGGUUCGCCCUCGGCAGAUGAUGGGGAAAGAGGCGGGCAAGUACAAGCUGUUCGCUGCCGAAGGGGAGCCUUGCCUUUUCCAGCGCGUCUCCCCGCGCGACAUCGAGCAAGGUUACUUGGGAGAUUGCUGGAUGGUCAGCGCUAUGGCGACACUGGCAGAGUAUCCGGAUCGUGUGCGGUCGCUCUUCCGCCAGCACAGCCUCACGGAAGACGGCCGCUAUGACGUGAGGCUGUAUGACCCAAAGUCAGAGGAGUGGAAGGCGGUGACCAUUGACGAUCGCCUUCCAUACUGGCAGAGGCCAGGCAAGCACGGCAACCUGUGCUUUGCCAAGCCGACCAAGGAGAACGAAUUCUGGCCGUGCUUGCUGGAGAAGGCGGUGGCCAAGUUCGUGCAGUCCUAUCAUCGCUUGGACGGGGGGUUUGAGAGCGUUGCCAUGGAGAUGUUCACCGGGAAGCCGGCCCUUUGCAUGCGGCUGAACCCUCAUGAUGGGGCACAUUCGCCCUACUACAUGACCUGCGGCUGGCUCCCGUGGUCCGCCGCGCACGCCACCGUGUACCAGCGCAUCCAAAGCUUUGAUGCAGGAUGGUUCUAUUACACUUGGGAUGCGUCGAGGCUGGUGGGCGGCCAGCGCAGCUUUGGGGACGAGGAGCUUUGGCAGCAACUCAAGGACUGGAAUCAGGAGGGCUAUGAUUUGGCCUGCAGCUCGCGCGGAGACUACAAGGGCAUCCUGGGCGGCCACGCUUAUACCCUGCUGAGGCUGUUGGACGUGCCGCUGAACCCAAAAAAGGAGGCAAGCACCGAGACAUCCGUGCUGAAGCUUUUGCAUGUACGCAACCCUCACCGCACCAACGAGUGGUUCGGCCGCUUCCACGACGACGACUGGGAGACCUGGAACGCCUACCCGGAGGCACUGAAGCUGACGGGCCAUACAGUUGGCAUCAAGGACAAUGGCGUCUUCUGGAUGGAGUGGGCCGAGUUUAAGAACGGCUUUCAGGACGUGGGCGUCUGCUUCGACAAGCAGAACCCAGGUGCCCGCUACACGGACGACUCGGUCGCCGCCCUUCGGGAGCAUCACCAGGUCUCCUGGGGCAUUGUUGGCCACCAGAAGUGGGAGGGCUUCUGAGCGAGCUGAGCUCUCGUAAAGCUGGUUGGGCCAGAUGUGUGUGCGUGUCUAUGCGCGUGUGUGCGCGUCAUGUGUCCGUCCGAUGAUUUGUGACCAAGGAAACAUGUGUACACAGGUGGUUGGCCCAAGUCCUGUCUCGUACAGAGUUGCAGUUUGGUUUUAGUGUUGGUCAGCGGACAAAAAGUUGCUGCAUGGCCAACUAGGCAGCUGCAGGCUAGGCAAACCGUUCGCCCGGAUGGGCUAGAUGGUGCCUUGGCUUCUUGAUCUGAUCUUGAGCAGCAGGCCUGCACAAGCAGUGUCUUUGCAGGGGUGCUCAAGAAUCUUAGCUUCUCGCGCUGAACGUCG